AGGAGAGAGGCAGGGAGUCUCACGGGCGGGCAGAAGAGAGGGGACACGGAAUGUUGGAGAGAGAGAAUCGAGAGUCGCAGAGACGCAGGGAGACGCGGGGAGACGCGGGGAGCGCUUCGAGGGCAGAGAGAGGUCGUGGCGGAGUGCGGACGAGACGAGAGGGGAGAGGAGAGAGGGCGAUGGAGGCGCUCCUCCGAGUUCCGUUGCUGCUGCUCGCGGCCUCGCUCCUCACCUGCCCGCCUCAACUCGUGCACGGAGCCGAGUGCAAGGAGGGCUGCGAUCUGCGCCAGGGCUACUGCGAGGUUGACGGAGAGUGCAGGUGCCAACCCGGGUGGCAGGGCGAGCUGUGCGGGAACUGCACGCGAUUCCCCGGCUGCCAGCGCGGCUCCUGCCACAUGCCCUGGCAGUGCGACUGCGAGGACGGGUGGACGGGCCGGCUGUGCGACCGCGAUCUGAACUUCUGCGAGCACAAUCGGCCAUGCCACAACAACGGCUCGUGCUCCGACGACGGCAGCGGCGGCUUCGCGUGCGUGUGCGCCGACGGCUUCACGGGCAGCCGGUGCGAGGAGCGCGCUGGGCCCUGUCACCAGCAGGGGUACCCGUGCAAGAAUGGCGGCGCAUGCAUGGAUGAGGCGGGCUCAGCCCACGUCCUCGUGUGCCUGUGCCCACGCGGCUUCUCGGGGCCGCUGUGCGAGGUUCCGCCCGACCCGUGCGCGAACCGUCAGCAGCGCGGGCCGCCCUCUCCGUGUGCUGAGGGCUCCACAUGCGUGCCGCGCGGGCCCUUGCACUUCCUCUGCGUCUGUCCCCCGGGCCAGGCAGGCAGGCGCUGCGAGCUUGCCGCCGCCUCCUCAUCGUCAUCAUCGUCAUCCUCCACCGCCGUACACCCCUCCGCCUUUGCUGCCAGAGCCGCAGCCAGUCUGAUCGGUUCCACCGUGCCGGGCCCGGCAAUGCCUCCUGAACGUUCAUUCGCGGAGCCAACAGAUGCCGGAGAAGAUCUGACCAAAACCGGAGAGGGGAACUCUGAAGCGGCUCAGGCAAGGCCGCAGCCAAACCUUCAGCUCAAGAUAACUGUCGUGGAGACGGAGCAGAGGCGGGAGGGUGGCGAUGGCCUCCUGCUGAGCGACAGCGGCUGGCUGAGUGCCUUGCUCGCUGUGCUGGCCUUCGUCGGCCUGGUGCUGGCGUGCACCCUGGCGGCGCUGCUCCACCGCGAGGGCCUGUGGAGUGCAGUGGCACGGCAUGGCCCUCGGAGAGGUGUCGAGGAGAGCGGCGGCUUGGAUGAUGUCGAGGCCACGGCUGGGUCGCACUCCAACCUCAUUGGACCCGGCCGGCUGAAGCCUCCCUCUGUGAAGGCGGUGGACAACAUCACGACCCUGCUCGAGCCUGGCCAGCUUAACAAGGCCCACAAGGACACCAACCUCCGGCAGAGCCUCGCCUGUGCAAAGUCUCUCCAGGGUUGAGCCCCUGUCCGUCGCGAGCUGCCACUCUUUGCUGGGCCCAAACUGGGGGUUGCGACACCCCCGUGUGACUCUGUUGAACCGUUCCGAUGCCGAGGCGGCCGUUUGUGUCGUCUUCCACGAGCUGCACAGCACCUUAUGACCCCUUCCCUUUUCGCCACCCUCUCAGGCCUCGUAUCUCACCCGAGUAAAGCUCCCCCUUCGUAGGUAAGGAUCUAGGCAAGGUUGUUGUAGAGAUAAGUGAUUGCUCAGAUAUGUUUUUAAAUGACAUUUUUAUAUUAUCGUUUAAAAGUAAAACUGAUGUUGUUGUUGUUGCUGUUUGGAGUUGAACUUUAAAAAAGGCACAAGAUAUCUUAGUGUGUUUAAUUGUGAAAGACAUAGACCGACAUCAAAGUCCCACCUCUAGACUUCUUUUAGUCACACGGACGGCUCUCUGUCUCUCUGUUGCUCGCGUGACCGUGAGGAUGGCCUGAUCACAGGAGGCACAGCACUAGGCUCAUGCGAACGUGUGUGUUGUCGUCCUGUAACCGGUCCUAGACAAUGAAACGUGCUCCACGUGAACAACAUGACUCUACUAACAUCUGGAGCACAGGCACGGAUUUGUAUUUAUUCCAAAUUGUCACCGAUAGUUUAUAUGACACCCAAUUCAAACAGAUGGACUAGGAACAGGGGUGCAACUAUGGGGGGGGGGGGGGGAGGUGGCAGUGUUACGCGAUGCAAAGGAGCCCAGUCGGCCACAAGGGGGUCCCGAAUCAACAGGUAAACAAAUUCAAACAAUAUUAAGAAAGAUUAUUUUAUCAAAAAAAUUAAUAAAGCAGCAUCGAGUUGUGCAAUCCACCUCCUUUCAGGACAUCCUAGACCAAUGGACCGGCAUGCAAGCAAGACGCAGGAUAACUUAAUUGUGAGUAGUGUUGCGCCUUUAAAUAUUGUUAUUAAUAUUGUCACUGUGAGACUGUCUUCUUCUACACCCAAUACACGGUGCAACUAAAAUAAUAUGAGAAUAUAUACAUAGUUAUAGCCUACAUAUUGUAUACCGGUUAAAACAUCCGUAGCUAUUUUAGUAAAAGUGAGUCAGGAGAAAGGAGGGGGGCCCACAGUCGGAUCUUGCAUAGCCCCCCCCCCCCACCCAGUUGAAAUAGGGAGCUGCGCCCAUGACUAGCAAGUGCUGAUAUAACCUGUAAAUGCAGUUACCCAAUCUGAUAUUGAACCCUUGGCCCUAUUAGGUGUUGCCUUAGUUUGGCUCAUAAAGCGUUGGACAAUUCCGUUUCAUGUUUGUGGAAUGCUCAAGUCUUCGUCUAUGCGCAAGCUUUGAUUCAUAUUGUAAGGCGUGAACGUUCACUCAGUUGGUCUUAGCACCAGAAUGACCAAUCAAGGGCCUUCGUAUUUGCACCAUUGUGUAAUUGUCCAACGUCGAGUGAUCUCGGACAUUUCUACAAUAAGAACGUAAGAUAUAACUCCGAUUCCAUGAGAGCGUUGCGAGAAUUAAGAAUCACAAAGUGAGGAGGGAACUUGGGAGUGAUCAAAGUGAAAACAGUCAACCGAUAAAUAAUAACAUAACAAGGAAAGUAUUACUAUGAAUAACAUGAAUAAUACUAUCAAUAACAUUCAUAACAUAUGCAAUCAACAUUAAUCGCAUAAGCAAACCGACUGGAAUGAGGUGCGUGGAGCGAUGACAUCAUACCAGCCAUGUUACGUGCGGAUUUUCUUCCUCGCAGCUGAUUGGCUUGUGAAGUGGCAGUGGGUGCCUAGCAACCGCUGCCACACCCACAGCAUUGUGAUCUCACGUGCACGCGCCCGGAUUUCCUUUGAACGUCGUUCUGUUUUCUCUUGCGGGCGUAUCGGAUCGUACUACAACCGUAGACGAACCAGACUUAAGGGAAAUUUACACGCAUAAUUCUGUACUCAGGCCCCAGGGUGCUACGUUUCAAAACCCUUCUGUGCCCCUUAGUUGUUAGGAUGGUCAAACACCCUGUCAGGGCCUUAUCAGGCUCUCGCCUGAUGAGGCUGGUUCUUAUUACUGGCAAAAGUCGUACUCAAAUUGUAAAUGUUGUGGGCUUACUCUCCAACACGUCGGUGUGUUGAACUAUUAACGAAUUGGCACGUUUUUUAGUGACAAACCUUACUAAUUGGUUGUGUCGGGUGGUGGCGGGUUUAACGACACAUUUAUACUUACGCGAUCUAACCCAAGAACCUAUAUUAUGCAAAGGCAUUCAUUCAGUAGUGGAUUGACAAAGGGCGACAUGUUAUUGUUUUUAUUUCAUGUCAUGUGAAUGUUCGAUUAAUUAUUCAUUAGAAUUUAGCUGUAUGUGAAUGCGAAAUCAGUCAUUGAUUGCACUUAUACGCUUGUGCUGUACGCACAAAGGACGUCUCAAGUGGGAGGCAGCACAGCGAGUAGGUCUCUCCAUUAACAUCUGCAGCAUCAGCAGCAUGUUGAGUGGUCUCUAAACUGCGUGCGUGGUUUUCUCUGGGCACCCACGGUUUCCACCCACGGCAACAUGAAACAUCUGCCGAGCGGGACCCUCCAGAGAAUCAGCCUCGAGGAGACUUGAGACGAGGCUUUAACUGGGGAGGGGGAGAAGACGUCAACGCUAUUUUACUAUUUACGGACAGCGCGUGCACAACACAAACAUUCACGGAUGUGUUCACGUCAAACCGAUUCGUCACUCACCGUGCGAAGGUGGAGCACACUGCUCGGACGUUGUCCGUUCGCAAUCUGCGUAACUCGCCGUACCCCGACCCACCAAAGCCCUCACCUCCCCCCUUGUCCAUGGGCCACAGCCGACAUCGGUAUCACCGAAGGAUGGCACAACCCUCGUAGUACUGAUUCAUUGACAUGGCCAAUACGAGUGAAUAACUUUGAUAAGCACACUUAUCACGUAGCUCACCGCGUUAUUGGCCACGUACAUAAUUUGGAACCAUCAAAGUUCCAACAAGUGAAAUAUCUAUCUACUCCGGGCUCAUGGACUGCCCCCGACUUCCCUUUGGCUCUUUAAAAUUUGCACUGUGCUUUAUAUUUUUAAUAUAUAUAAACUAUAUGCUGUAAAUGAUUUUGUAAUAUUGAAAUUAUAUCGAUUAAUAAAGAUGAUGGUGAUGACGAUGA